AGGCUUGUGUUGGGGAUUUUAACAGCGAAUUCAGUUUAAUCAGUGGCAUGGUUCGUGCUUUAAAGUAGUCCAUGUUAAUGUCUUUCUGACUGGGAAACAACACACAGAUUCAUAGAUAAAUAUAAACAUUGUGAAACAAUUGCCCUUGUCAUUCCUCCCCCCUACUCUCCAAACCAAGACUGCAGUUCUACAGUGCUAGUGUGCGUGGCGCAGGUUAGCCAACAUAGGUUAUGUAUCUGGUCAGUGCGUUCGUGGACAUGGCCUUGAUGAAUCGUCAUAUUAAUUCAGGAGGUGCAAGUGCUUACAGGAAAAUUGUGAAUUGUUUGCCGUGUGUUUGUGCUCCGGGGCAAAUGCCCUGCUUUGGGUCGUCAGUGUUCUACAUCCGAUGGACCAGUAACACCUGUUGGUGCUAUUUCCAAAUCCACUAGUGGGAUUGAAUGGAGAGUGUCUAUAGCACCCCAAACUAAACUGUUCAAUUAAGAUGAGCUAGAAAUUGAGUUGAGCUUCAAAUAUUUGACGCUGCAACAGGAAUCGAAUCUCGUUUAUGCCGGAGGACGAUUUAAGUUCCUGGGUCCAACAUAUCCAUUGAGAUAUGACACUACUUUAAUUUGUACGGCAGUCAUUUUCAUAAGACAAGCAACCCAACCAUUAAACAUUAAAUUCACUAGAUGCAUGUGGUUUGUUGUGUCGACACUAAGGGAAGUGGAGAAACAGUGAAGUUCUACCACUAGUUGGCGGGGGUUGGAGUGGGGAUGCCGUCCGGAUCCUCGGGACGGUAAGUUAAGCAGUUUGCGUGGGUGUUGUGUGGAGGAGAAGUUUGGCUGGCGCAGGACACUCCGCUGGUUGGGUUUAGCUGGGCGUCGCGAGGGAGUGAGACAGAGACUAAAGGCUGGAUCUUCGACAUGGACAAGUCGAGCGACGGGGCCACGGACUACAGUGAAGGUACACCGCGACACCGGUGGUGGUUCAGGCGGCUUGCAACAAGUUCUUACACGACCACCACCCGGAACAAACAACAUCGUGCCAACGACAGUCGGCGGCACUAAGCGUCUCAUCUCGUCGCAUCUCGCUCACACUGUGCCAGUGCUGAAGCUUAAACGUUGCGGACAAAGAGACGUUACAACCUUGUCAAUAGUUAACUAAGUUCACCUAAGUCGACAUUGAAGAUUCUGUUCCAAAGUUUGACCCGACUCGGACGUACCGGUGUGAUGUUGGUCGCGCCUCCUCGCACUUCCUGUAAAAUACCCAAGCACUCAGUGACUCUGCACGUAUCCAUCCAUUUUUCAUACACUAAAUCUUAUUGUUAAAGCACGCACAUUUUUCUUUUUAAACGUACGUAUACCAAAGCACUCUCUAUUGUAAACUUUGUUCGAGAGAGAGAGAGAGAAUUGGAACAAAUGGUGUGUGAUAUUGCCUUCAAAACUUUAAUGAAAUUUCGCAAGACAGAAUAAUAAGCAAUCAUUCCUGCAGAAGGUUAAAGUUGUAGGGGAACUACGAGUGUCUGUGCCGUUGUGUAACUUUCAAAUUGUGAAUCGCCCUGUAGAAACUGUUUGAAGUCAACGUCAAAAGUGCCAUUCAGGCAGUGCAGUGACUAGUGGACACGAUUUCCUCCCCUCCAGAUUGUGCUAAAUUCCCCUUCCCUGGCACUCCUGUAAUUCCUUACCUUGCGACACCAUUGUGCUCCAUUAAGAAUCAAGAAGGUGGCGAGGAGUAAAACAAGAUUAGGCUGAUAAAGUUAUUGAGUUUCAAACAAGCGAUGGCCGCUGGAAUUGGUGGCGUCUUAGUCCUGGGAGCGGGCAUAACCUUAUUAUUAGCUUUGCUCAGGUUCAGUGACGGCUCUCUGUUGCUGUCGAGCGCCGUACCAAGGCGACCGCAUCUUAAUCUGCUUGGGGGCGGCGAGGAAGAUUCAGAACAGGAAACACAACAUCAGGAAGAGGAAGUGGCCGCCGAGCGUUGGCUGCUGUACGAAACCGGGGGCAAUGGCAUUGUGGACCUAGAGGGUAUUCCGCCCCCACAACACCGGCAGCACUCCCCUUCCAUACAACAGCCGUUUGUGCUCCCUCCGCCGUGGAAUAAACGUGACCAACACCCAUUACGACCCUCGGGUUCCGCUGGGGAAGCCCCCGGGGAGACGCAUCUAGCAAUGGUAGAGACAGUUCCGGGCGCUGGGGGCGGCGGCGAAGGAGGAGGAGGGGGGUGGCCCCCGGAUGUUCCGAAGGUCCUCGCGAACCACUUCAUGCACCGGUCGUCUCGGGGGAAUCGACCGUACGACGUUCCUCAGAUAGAAUGCCCACCCGCGGAAGAUGGCAUGGAAAGGUUUGCUUGUCCAACUCCUGACAGGAUGGGAAGAUAUCGGUGUAUAGACGACCUAGUUCUCUGCGAUGGAUUUAUAGACUGCCCCAGUGGGGAAGACGAGGACCGACAAGCCUGCAUGUUCUAUAAAACGACGAAAGCGCACUUAGACGUUUUGGCGGAUGCACUACUACGGUGGGCCCGAGGACGCUAAUAGAGAACAUCAAAUGGGAGAAUGACCAAACCUAGAAAGAAAGCAACGCAAACUGAAAACAAAAGAGAUCUUAUAUUGUAUCUAUUUUUUAUUUCGUCUACUGUUGUACCUCACUUACUCAGUCAUUCCGUCAAAUUAUUCAAUCUCAGUCAGGAAUUUCAAAAACGACGAAUAUAAACCAGAAUUUCUUCUCCAACUUGCUAACUCGUUUGACGUCGAGAUUGAACAUAAUGAAAAGGGAAUGUUCACAUAAGUAUUAUCCGAGCCUCCAGCUAGAAAACAAAAUAUUCCCCUAAUCAUUUACUUUGAUCCCCCCUACUCCCACAACGACACUCUGUGUACUGGGCAAAAAUGCAUAUUCAUUGCAAAGAUAAUGUAAUGAAGAACAGAGUGUAGCAGUAAUAAGAGGAAAUGGCAUUGUGCUAGCUGCGUGGAAGCUAAUUAAGAGAUGUGAAUACGGCCUAUGUAGUAACAAAACAGAUACAUACAUAUAAUUAAUAUAAAGAGCACGUUCGCUAAUGGCGAAAUUAUAAUGGACUGAAAUACGAAAUUUUAAACUCAGGAGUAGUAGUGAAACGUCAUUAUCUAAUUAAUUUAAGUUAUUUAUUGUUUCAUAAAUGCCAUUUCUUUGUAUCGUAUCAUGAAUAUAUACGCAUUUGAGAUGGCUACGUUUAAAAUUGUAUUUGGUUUUUAACACUGAAUGACAAAUGCCUGAUAGCUAGGGAUUGUAUUACAGCGCCACCAGAAGAACGUUUGUAGAAUCUGUCGGAUUUGUCGGCUAGCGUUCAAGAUGGAAGACCUAGAUCAUAUGUCCUUGACGUAGACCGCUCUCCGCCGCCCUAUACAGGUUCAUGAUUUCAUGUUACGCCACGGAUUAUUACAAACUGUUGAAGCCUUUUGAGGCUUCUUACAUUUUAUCCCACAGAAGUUCAAAUGACAUUCUUUCGAUUCAGCUUGAAUUUUUUAUUUAUAAUUAAAUUCAAAUAGACGUGAGAUGCAUACAGACAACUAGUGAUUGUGCUCCGUCUCCGUUAAUGUGGACGGUUUCACGAACCCAAGGAGCGCUAUUAACAGGAGGGCUUCACUGCAAAUCCAAGUGGUUGAAAAAUUAUAAACUAAACUCUUAAUGCUUUUUUUUCAAAAAUUAUUUUAGCCUAUUAUCAAUGGCUCUACAGUCCUUGAAGGACCUUGGCCUCCUCACACAUGGGAGGUUUCUUAAUCUAUUUAUACACUGGUCAGACUCCUUGGAUGAGUGAUCAGCCCGUCGUUAGGUUUUAGUUCAGAUUAUCAAAAUAUGUUAAAACAUGUCUUUCGUAUUCUCAAGUGGCCCCAAGAUCGGUUAUCGUGACUCAGAUUUCCGUGGUUUUAUAAAUUCUUCCAGGAAUAUACCUGGACAGUACAUUCAUUGCAUUUGACCGCGAAUUUUCAUACAGAUUUCAUUAUUCAUUAAUCAACGUAUCAUAAACCGAUUAUAACAGUAAGUUCUUAUAUAAUAUGAAAUUUACAAUGUAUGCAAAGGCCGAAUAUAUAAUCUUCUUUUGUUUUCUUAAUUAACGGUCGAAUCUGAAUCACCUGAUUUGCUAAUAAACUCAGUCUUUUGCAUUUAAAAGGUUUCUUUGUGUCAGAUGUGAUGGGUUCUAAAGGAAUUAACAACUUGUGUACUAAACCUUGUAUAAUACGUUUUAUUGAAAAUUUGAGUGUUGCUUUUUCUGAACCUUCUGUGACUUCAGCGUCAGCUUGUCGAAAAAUGACUACAAGACUGAUCAACAUUUUUAAAUAUAUUUACUAACAUUUUAUGCAUAAUUUCCAGUCCCAGUUCAUUAAAAACGUUAUCAGACACAUUAGGAUUCUUCUCAUUUUGCUCGGAUUCCUUCGGGCAAACCGAAAACAGAACACUUCGAGAAAUGGAACUGGUUGAAAUAUUUUUUUAAAAAAAAUUGUAAUUGAGAAGCUUUCGGCUUCUGCGUUUAAUUGUCAUAUUUAAAAUAUUAAUCACGCUUUAAAAGCAUUUCACAUAACUGUGGAUAACAAAGGAGUUUUAUUUAAAUGUCUGUUUAAAUUUUAUUUAUUGGAAUAUUUUUAUUUACUUACUCGGUAUGGCCUAUAUUCUAACUGCCACGUGUUAAAGAAGAACAGAUCUAUGCAACAUUUUGUAUAUACAUGGCUACCUUUAGUGACAAGAGCCAUUGCACGAAAUCAACUCACAGGCAGCGAUUCCGAAAACUCACACAGAUCGAGGUGUUUUCCGUUCCUAUACACCAUUGCUAAAUCGAUGUAUUGUUUUGGUUUCAGAUACUAAAUAUCUAAAUUGAAAUUGUAGACGAAAGAAAGAUAUUUGAUAAAUUAUUUUUUGACAACUUAGAUUCGUCGUUUGAACAACCGUGUCAGUGUAGUUGUCUGUAUGCAUCUGGCACCAAACCCAGAGUCUCAAAUAUUAGCAUCAGUCCAAACACAUUUUAAAAUCCAAAAUUUCCAUUCAGAUUAGAAAAUAUUUUAUAAUCCAGAUGUUUGUGUGGUUCUUAAAUUUUUUGUUGGAUAACAAUUUCUGUAUGGUGCUGAUUAGGAUACAAUGCCCCGUUAUGAUGCCAAAAUAUUAUGCAACGUUCAAAAACCGAUUGGCGUUAAAAGUCAAGAGUUAAAGAGAAUUUGACGUUUUGGUACAACACAACGUUCAUUUUUUUUCAGCCUCCUACCCCGAGCCUCGGCAGGAAACUGAUGGAUGUGGCGUAUUUUUUGAAAAGAAAUGUUUCGGUUCUAAGUUUGUACAUAAAGAAUAUUGAGACGUAUACGAAUUACAGCAAAGAAAAUUAUCAUUCUCGAACGUAGUAUACGGUGGGUACAAGUUAAUUUAUGAUGUAUCAAAUUAAGCAAUUAUAAUAUAGCCUACAUAUAAAACUAAAUAAAAAAAUCAACAAAAAACUUUACUUAGGUUUAGAAUAAAAACGUAUUUUCGUCGGUGUUAUUUGUGGCGCUACAUAGUUCUGAUUGAUGUUGUUCAUGUUGUGUUAGAAGCAUUGUGCGUAAUAACAUAGUAAUAACUUUCAUAUACAUAAAAUAAUUGUAGUAAACUAAAACCCAUCGUAUUACUAUAGAAAAAGCGUAUGUGGAAGCAGACUGGGGCCAUUCUUAAUAAGUAAUGUAUCAAAUUAACUGUCUCUGUGUCAAUGUAUCUGUAGACAAAGGGCUCCACUGCAACCUCUAAUGUAAGAGUUAAUGAUUUGACGCCAUUGUUGUACACGGAGCUAGUAUCUUUAUCUGCAUGGUAGACAAUUGACGGACUAGCCGCGGUGUGCAGCACCAGACGCUGGACUGUGUGUCCGAUUGGCCACAUCGGACGCGUUGCUAUGGAAACGGUCUGAAAUUUUGUGAGGAACUUCGGGCGAUGAAACGUUUUGUCAUCCUGAGCCACCGAACAGCUCUUCACAAGUUUCCAAAAAAUUUAAAUGUAAAGAAAAUUUGAAGCGAAAGAUACAUUUCUUAUAUUGUAUUAUUAAAAUUAAAUGAAUUAUUGCGUUUCCUAUGUCACGUUCUUGUGUCUUUCUGGACUCGCUGUUCAUUACAUUGCACACCACGAGCUAAAGUUCGUAGUUGAAUUGGCAAGUUGAAAUUGAUGAGUAAUACCUUGACAAGGAUAGGUUAAGGUUUUCGCCAAUAAGAUUUAAAUGCGUGGGUAAAAAUAUACAGUUUCUUACGUAGCCAUCUUAAUUGACUUUAAAGUGAUGUUCUUAUAAUUAGUAGGGACGGGAAAAUUUCAUGAAAUAUUACUUCAUGUUUCUUUGGAAUCGGUUGCUAUGCAUACUUAAAUGAAACGAUUAUAUAAGAUUCACCAAUUACCAUCAUUCUUAAAUUGCACCAAACGCUAAAAUAAUUCGCUGUUUGUUUUUUUUAUUUUUAUUUCGUAACGUUGUUGUGUCAUUUAACAGACGUUUACGUCUGUAAACUCAGAAGAUCUCUCAUCUUUGCAAUAACAAACGUGACGAAUUUUGGAUAUAUGUAACCUCAAGUUAAUUUUAUGUACGUUUGUACUACUACUGAUAUGUUGAGUUCACUUUAAAAUUACUAAUAAUUAAUUAUUUUGGAGAAUAACACUACAACGCUGACUAAAAGAUUAAUGUUAAGAUUCUGUGUGUCCAAGUGCUGUUUCUAAACUAAUUUCAAUCAAUAUUAUUAAAUAUUAGCAACGUAACUAUAUUUGUGUAUCUACAGGUAUGCAUCAUCAACCAAUGUUUUGUAAUUAGGGAUUUAAAAUAAAUAAUUCUCUUCUUAAUUCACAAUCUCAGAAGCCAGUGGGAAUAAGAGUUUAUACAUUUUAAUGACGCCUUUCGACAGACAGUAAAAAAUUAAUAUAUUUUCUAUAACAAUUCAAGAAAAUAUGUAAAGCCUAUUAACAGAUACGUAAGUUUUUUUUCUCCAAAUUGGCGGCCUACUGUUUCUCCAAUGAACAGUGCACUUGUGAUAACCAUAGCGAUGAAUACAGGCGGGUUCAUGAUUUGAGA